AUGGCCAUCACCAAGAUAUUACUCAUUCCUAGUUACUUUAGCACAGAUUUUGAAGUUCAUCGGAAUUGGUUGGCCAUUACAAACUCUCUUCCGAUCAGCCAAUGGUAUCAUGAUACAAGCUCGGAGAAUGCAACACUCGACUAUCCUCCUUUUUUUGCAUUCUUUGAAAAAUUGUUGAGUUUCAUUGGAUGUAAUUCGAUUUUGGGCCAAUUUAGAGCGUAA